CAAAGUGCAUUCAGGUAUUUUCAGGUAUUACUCAGCAGUCUUAAAAUUAGCGCGUCUUGUUUCCUUGGAUUUCACUUUGCUCUGAAGAUCGUCUUGCAGGAAGCAGCCUUUGCAAGAAUGGCUCAUUUGGAAAGAUUCCUGCCCAUGGACCACAGGUGCUGCAGCAUGAUGCCAGCUCUGGACAAGUUCCUGUGCUCCAGUGCCAUCCCUGCUAUCCACCCCUGCUGCAGGAGCUCCUUUGCCAUGCAUUCUGCCUGGAUCACCAAGACCCUUGCUCCCCUGCGGUGCCAGUGGAUUGGGCGCUGCUUCCCCUCCCUUGGCCCAGCAUGGCAGAGGCUGAGCAUGUCACAGAGAUCAGCCAUCUUAGCCAAAAAUGUCCCUGUUCUGGUGAGAGGGGAGCAUGAUGGAUUUUAUUACCGUGGUACAGUAAAAGAGGAGGUGAAGAAUGAAAGGGGAAUGUUCCUGGUAGAGUUUACCAGACCACUUCAGUUGCAUGGAAGGCAUUUGGUACAUGUGCAAAAAACAGCAAAGGAUGACAUCCUGGAGUAUGCCAAUGGCAUGAAGCAUUCCUUGCUGCCGGGAGACAAAGUAUUGGCACCUUGGGAACCAGAUUUGGUGAGGUAUGGCCCUGGAACAGUCCUCACGGGCAUUGAGACGAGGGACCCUUUACGAGCCUCAGAAGAUGAAGAAAUUAUGGUUCAGUUCUGGAAUGACAAGAAAGUGAACCUGCCACGAGGUGUAGCACUGUGGAUCCCUCCUAGCCUUUGUGGGAGGAUUGUGGAGAUGAUCCACAUGCCUUUCUCCAGCAGGUUAAAGAGCAGAGAAAGUCCUGACACUAACUUGUGCAUUUUUUCCUGCAGUCCUAAAACCACCUGGGUUCCUGUUUGUGUUGCAUGUAGCAACGCUAAGCACAGCUUGCUCUGCUCACCCUGCUGGCCACUUCUCCUCUGUUGUUGUGGUGGUACGUGCUGUUCAUCAGCCUGUGUCCACUCCUUCUGCUGCUGCCAUGGCCACUUUGAUGUUUGGUGGCCUCUUCCACCCAAGUCUCAGGUCUUUCAGAGAGAAGCUGAAGAGGCAGAGCCCAGCAGCAAAUCCUCUGCACACCUUCUGGAAGUGGAAGGUCCAAAACAAGAGGAGCUAGCAGCUUUGGCAGCACAUUCCCCUUCUGACUCAGUAGGUGAUCUAGAGGUGUUCCCCACUCAGAGUGCUGUAGUGGAUGGUACUGUUAAAACAGACCCCAGUCAUCCUGAGAAGCCCAGGCUGGAGGAAUGUGCAGGACCCAAGUGGAAAUACUGGAAAAGGAACCACUACAAGUCUCAUGCCAGUAAUUCAGGUACCUUGAAACACCCUAAAAGGAAGGAGCAGCCAGAGGGAAAUAGCCAGCAUGUUCUGUGCCCCCCUUCAUAUGGGCUCUCACUUAACCUGUAGUUGGUAUAAAUACCAUACAUUUGCCUGUCAGCUGCCAAUGCUUUAUUUCCUCCUCCCCAGCAUUUCUGCCCCCUCGUCUUGCAUGCUAACUCUUCUUCUGGCAACUCAUCCAGUGGAAAACUAUUAGAAUCUCAUGUGGAGGCAGGUGCCCCUUGCUGAGUUUCUUACUCAUGAUUUUCUACGCAUUUAAUGAUGCCAGCAUCUUUAUUAACCUUCAUAGCUAGUCUAAGCAGAAUCAAUCACCCAAAAGAAUUCCUUAGAGUGUUUAAAGUACAUUUUUCUCUCUUAAGUGAACGCAUCUGUUUCAAUUCUGAUUUCCCUAUGCUUAAGGCUAAGAUAUAAUUUUUUCCCCCAAGGAACUGGCAGACACAGCAGCAUAUGUGCAAAGGGCAAGUUAGAAUCCAAAGCCAUCUCUGUUGUAGAGAUGUCCCAUGUUGCACCACCUGAGCAGAGUGCAGUGUUGGAAACUACUGAGCAGGCUCCCAGAAGGCAAUUCACAGUGAAUGAAAUAGUGAAAUACCAGGAUUUCAAGCUGUCUUCAGGGGUAAUUUGUAUUAAUACUGUAUUUACUGACAUGAUCCGGUCUGUUUGAAUGGAACAAGUAUUCAUGUUAUUAGUUCAGAAAUUGCCAUUUGUAUAGUAAUUGCCUGCUAUGGCCUUCCACCAAUUUUAUGAUAUGGAGGGGACUUUUCCAUUAAUCUAAAAAAAAAUUAUUAACUAAAAUAAAAGUGAGGAGGGCCUGAAGCUCCUUGUUGGAAUGGAAAAGGUUAUGCCAGCAAACAGUGUGAGCAAUCAGUAGAGACUCUACACUCAGAAAUUAGCCACUUGUCCACUGACAUUGACCCAAUUAAGUCCUGCAGAAAUAGAGACCAGUCAUCUCUGGCCUUCAGUGUAAAUAAAACCCAAGAAAAGACAGCUUAUACAAAAUUUUUAUGCCAAUAUGCAACUCCAGACAGGUGUGCUCUGUGUUAGCCAAGUGUCAUAUCAAUACACUGCUGACGUGCUUUGCCUUUUGGUAAAACUAGAAAGAAACCAGAGGAGCCUCAUUCUAGCUCAAAACCAGCAGCAUGAAUCGUAGCAGUGGAUACAUGUGGUAACACAGAGCAUUCAUGGACUGCCAAUGGAUUUUUAUCCUGUCUUCCAGGAGGAAGGUUCUGUAGCAUCAUGAAAGCAAAGAUAUAGACAUACAAGAAAGAAAACAGAGUUGGACAAUAAACAUAAAACAACUUGCUUAGGAGAGGACAAACUUGGCAGUACAGACCGUAACAGCGGAGAACAGAGAGGGAAAGAACAGCAGAGCUCAUGCUAAAGCAGGGAGAGAUGUGAUCCAUCAGAAUUCAGUAACUAUACAGCUGAUGAAGUUCAAGAGCUGAAAUUUCAGGUAAACUGCUUGUACUAUUAGCAAUGUUACAUUUAUUAAGCAAAUAAAGUUCUGAUGUAGGCA